GAGGGGGCGGGGUCAGCCCAGCCAUAAGAUUCAAUGUCUUCUCCGGAGAGGAUCCACACUUCCACCGACUUCCCACCCGGACCUUCUCCUCCACCAUGGGCCACCACUCCACCAACAUGAGGGUCAAGCUCCCCGUCUUCUGCCUGGUCCUGGAGGCCGUCACCAUCGUCCUCUUCGCCAUCUUCGUCCGAUACGACCACGAAACCGACGCCAACGCCUGGCACCAGGAACUCAACCAGAGCAAGACCAAUGCCGACAACGACUUCUACUACCGAUACGCCAGCUUCCAAGAUGUCCACACCAUGAUUUUCAUCGGCUUUGGUUUCCUGAUGACCUUCCUGAAGCGCUACGGUUUCAGCAGCGUAGCUUUCAAUUUCCUGAUCGCAGCCUUUGGUCUCCAGUGGUCAACGCUCAUUCAAGGCUUCUUCCAUGGCUUCCAUGAUGGCAAAAUCCACGUCGGCAUUGAGAGUAUGAUCAAUGCGGACUUCUGCACGGGAGCUGUGCUUAUCUCCUUCGGAGCUGUCCUUGGCAAAACCAGGUCUGUCCAGCUACUCGUUAUGGACCUCUUUGAAGUGACUCUUUUCGGAAUCAAUGAAUAUGUUAUACUGAACAUCGUUGAGGCGAAAGAUGCCGGUGGAUCUAUGACCAUUCAUACGUUUGGAGCCUUUUUUGGUCUGAUGGUCUCACGGGUGCUUUACAGGCCACAUCUGGACAAGAGCCGCCACAGGGAGGGGUCAGUGUACAACUCUGACCUUUUUGCAAUGAUUG